AUGACCGGUCCCAUGGAGGUUGACCGGUCCCGCACUCGGAGGGAGAGGACCUUUGUCGGGAGCGAAUGCGCUGUGUGCGAGGAACCGCUGGAGCAUACCCUGCGGGGUGAACGAGUCUUGCAAUUCUCAUGCAGUCAUGUGUCCCACGAGGCCUGUUUUUAUGAGUUUAUCCGGGAAUUUGAAUCGCAGUAUUGCCCCACGUGCAAUGCGCCGCUGGCCUUGGACACGAGUCGGGGUGGAAAUAUUUUGGACAUCGAAAAAAUAAGCAAUAUUGUUCGUUCGGUGACGAUGAAUGAUACCGCCACGAUGCGGAGUGGCAUAACGGCCGCGACCCCAACCACCCCAUGGGAGCAGCAAACGACCCGACGGCCACCGAGUGACACGGCCAGCCGAUACACCUCUCGGGAGCCACCUUAUGCUCACCGAGACAGCCGCGACGCCGGCAGUCAACGAGAGCGCGUCGAACGGUUGACGGCCAGCUCGCAACGCCAACCACACUCGCGCAACGGCAGUGCGGCCGGGUCGUCGGGUGACUACCAGGAGGGCCAGCACCCCGGCAGCGGUCGGCGACAUGAUUACGAUGUGCAAGCCAUGGAGUCGGACCUGAGUCCUCGUCCGGGAGUCACAAAGAAUCCCAUCCCCGCGCCCAUCGUGACCGUGCGAAGCGAGUUUCCCACCAUGAACCGGUCCCGCCAGCAACAGUCACUCACAUGUCUGAUUACGGUCGAGGUGCCGGAAGGCAACUGGCGUCCCGACGCCGAGGAUCUGCGGCACGGGUCUGCUGGACAGUCGCAACCGGAGGAUCUUUACCCGCCGCCGUUCGUCGCACAGGAUGCGCGGUCCAUUCAGUACGAGCCGACGGAAAAUCUGGAUGAAAUUGCCGAGGAACUGAGGGACCGCGUCGAUAAUUGGCAUGGUCUCGAGUUUCAACGGUUUGGCAAGCUACGCCUGCACGGACAGAUGCGCGUGGGCAAGGAUCGGGAGUCCUGGCAGGAGCUGGAAUGCUAUUUGUUCGCAGAAAUGCUCAUAUGUGUCAAGGAGAAGAGGAACGCCGAUCCGAACCAGUACGACGAAACAGGGAAGCGCAAACCUCCGCGCUGCACGCUCAAGGGAUCGAUCCUCAUCAAGAAACAUUUGAAAUCGAUCGAGCCGGAAACCGAGGAACCCGUUCUUUCGUUGAAUCUUUCCGUCAACGAACUCCCUUGCUUCUACCUUCGCUUCCAGAGUCGCAGCCAGUUGGAGGUGUGGCGCCGUGCCCUGAUGGACUUGCACCCGGUGGAGAAUCUACCGCGCCCCAAUGACUAUGACUUGGAUAAUUCGGGUGCCGAGGACGAGGACUACCGAAACAGCCGAAUCCAACGACAAGCGUCCCUCAAUUCUUCCUACGGUGCUGGCAAAUCGAACAACACGGCCAUCACCGAUUACACCAACCCGGACAUGGAAACCCCUUCGAUCAACACGGUUCACAUCCCCCUCGACAUCGUCGUGGUUAUUCCCGUGUCUUCGUCCAUGCAGGGGCUUAAGAUCACUCUUUUGCGUGAUGCCCUCAAAUUCCUUGUGCAGAAUUUGGGACCUCGGGACCGGAUGGGGAUGGUCACUUUUGGUUCAAGUGGUGGAGGAGUGCCUCUGGUGGGCAUGACCACCAAGUCCUGGGCUGGAUGGAACAAGGUCCUGGAUUCCAUUCGGCCAGUAGGACAAAAGAGCCUCCGCGCCGACGUGGUCGAAGGGGCCAACGUGGCGAUGGAUCUUCUGAUGCAGCGCAAGUUCAACAACCCUGUGUCGACAAUCCUUUUGAUCAGCGACUCGUCCAUCUCGGAUCCAGAAAGCGUGGAUUUCGUGGUGUCCCGCGCUGAGGCUGCCAAGGUCAGCAUUCACUCGUUUGGCCUGGGCCUGACUCACAAGCCGGACACGAUGAUCGAGCUGUCUACUAGAACCAAAGGCUCCUAUCUGUACGUGAAGGACUGGAUGAUGCUGCGGGAGUGUGUCGCCGGCUGCUUGGGUUCUUUACAAACGACCUCCCACCAAAACGUCAAGCUCAAGCUCCGCCUGCCAGAAGGAUCGCCGGCCAAAUUCGUCAAAAUCAGUGGUGCCCUACACACAACCAAGCGUGCCACUGGGAGAGAUGCCGAGGCUGCGUUGGGAGAUCUGCGAUUCGGAGACAAACGCGAUGUCCUCGUGCAGCUUGUUAUCCAGCCAGACAAUGCCACGCAGGAGAACAUGCCUCAGGACCCAUGGGAAAGCCUGGUUUCGGGGCUGGAGGCCCUCGGCGGUGGGGCCGAUGGGGACGAGCAGCGGGUGCUCAGCGUCGAAGAGAUCCCAUUGAUCCAGGCCGACCUCACAUAUGGCGACCUUCUUCGCGAUGGUCACUUGACCCACUCGCCCCGUCCGUCGCUCCUUGCUAUUACCAUGUUGCCGCCGAACCCCAAGGCCAAGAACCAGCGUCCGAUGACGCCUCCGAUUCCCCCUCACCCCUCGAUUGUGCAGCGUCGCAUGGAGCUGCUGACCUCGGAUAUGUUGACUCGAGCGCUCACUCUCGUGUCUCGGGGGCAGCAUGACCGCGCACAGCAUCUCCUCAACGAGACCCGUAGCAUUCUCAAGGGUCUCGGCAAGGGCGGUCUACCCCCUCUGCCUCCGGGAGCUCCCCGGUCCUCGAACCACAGCGAGCCGGGGAGUCGUACUGACACUCCGAACUCAUCCUCCCCCAAGUCCUCAACCUUUGCUGAGAGCCAGUCUUCCUCCGCAUCAGACACGGCGACCAUCACGCCGGCGUCUGCGGUGGAUGCCGAGACAAUGAUUGCUCUCAAUGCCGACCUGGAAUCUUCCCUGGAGUGGAUCAACCACCCGGCGGUGUUUGGCCGUGAUUCCCGCAAAGCUGUGCUGCAGAGCAUUGGCGUUAUCUCGUCGCAGCGGGCGUACACCUACCGCACCCCGUCUGAAGCCCACUGGGCACAGCGUGUCAGCGGUGUCCGCAGGUUGACGGAGCGAUCCAAGGACUGGCGGGAGACCGGAGACGAUGCACUGACCGAAGAAUAA